AUGAAGAGCACCCGCAGCAGCUCCUCCUUGCAGGGGGCUGGCAGUGUGGAGCUGAGCCUGACGGGCCUCCCCGUGCCCAUCGGAGAUGCAGAACCCCGGGCCAUGAACAACCUCCGGAGAUCCAACAGCACCACCCAGGUCAACCAGCGGGUGAACAGCCCACGCAGCUCAGAGCAGCCAGGAGACUUCCUGACCUUCUUUGAGAGCAGUUCUGGGGGAAGAAAGAAACCAGCGAGUCUGAGCAAAACCUCCCCGGAAAAGAAAACCACAUGGAACAUCUUGGACGAUCAGCCACGAGCGAUCUCCGUCCCCUGCGGCGCCGAGCCAGCGGUUGGGAUGAGGAGGAAGGAAGCUGCCGUGCUCCUGGCAGCCAACUUCACUGCCAACAACAGGAGCAACAAGGGCGCGAUGGGCAACUGCGUCACCACCAUGGUGCACAACAACUACUCUACCACAGAGAAGGGCCCUGCCCCUAAAAGCUCCAACCAGGUGGUGCCCAGCUCCCUCAACAACGUUGUCAAAGCCCCCUCCAACGAGGAUGGUGAAAGCAGCAGCUUUGUGAAGUCUCAGAAGAAUUUCUCCAGCAACAACAUCAUGACCCGCAACAACAACAACAGCAGCAGCAGCAGCAGCCUGCCCCGGAGGAAUGAGGUGACCGAGGAGGAGGGGGAGAGGUUCAUCCAGCAGGUGAACCUGGCUGCAGUGACCAUCCAGCGAAAAGCGCGGCGAGAGAGGGCGCCGGCCGCGGCGCUGGGGCGCUUGUUGGCUGCCAAGAGAGAGGAGAGGCAGCAGCAGAUGGAGGAAGGGAACAUCCUGGAUAUGCGGGAGAGGAAGGACGAGGAGCGCCGGAAGAUCCGGGAGGAGAAGGCACGUCUGGCCCGACGUGCUGCCAUCCAGGAGCUGCACCAGAAAAGGGCCCAAAAGGCUUUGGAUGCAAAGUGUUUGGCAGAAGAAGAGCUUGUGCUGGUGAAGGAGAGCAGAAGGGGGGUGAAGAAGAAGGCUGCCAAACCUGCUGCAGGCAGCGCCAGCCCCGCCGGCAGCGUCACCAAAGCCAACAAUGCUGAGGCCAAUUUCCACCCGGGAGCUGCAGAGCCAGAGGGAAGCGGCCUCGCAGAGCUCGGCUCCGUGCCCUCACAGGACCCCGGGGCAGAGGACAAGCUGCAGGACCUGAGCUCCAGAGAGACGGGCGGCGAGGAGCUGGAGUCGGUGGUGACUGCUGCCAGCAGGGCUCAGUCCAAGGUUACACUCAACGAGCUGCUGGACACCCUCAGGCUGUUGGAGGAAGAGCCAGAGCUGCUGCCCCCACCAAAGCUCUUCAAGAAGGACAGAUAUGCCUGGGCAGAAGGGCAGGAGCCCAGCUCCAAUUCCCUGACUGCUGAUAACUUGGAGAAGUUUGGGAAGCUGAACCACUCCCCAGGGCUCCCUGAGGACGGGGCCCUGCUCUCAGAGGCCAAGCUCCAAAGCAUCAUCAGCUUCCUGGAUGAGAUGGAGAAGUCUGAGCAGGAGAGGCCCAGGUCGGCCGCGUCCGCCACGCAGCGGGAGGGUCUCCUCUUGGAAGAGGAACUGGCUCACUUGGAGCAGGCAUCGGCUGUUGCCACGGAGGUCACCAGCUCCAUCAUGAGGCUGAAGCUGGAAGUGGAGGAGAAGAAACGAGCCAUCAGCCUGCUGCAGACAGCCCUGGCUCAGCAGAGGGAACUGACUGCCCAGCACGUCAAACAGACCGAGAAGGAGCUUGGCCACCAGCUCAGGCUGCAGAGGGAGCAGUAUGAGGCAGCUAUCCAGAGGCAUCUGGCCUUCAUUGACCAGCUCAUUGAUGAUAAGAAGGUGCUGAGUGAGAAGUGUGAGGCUGUGGUGGCUGAGCUGAAACAAGUGGACCAGAAGUAUGGCAAGAAGAUCACGCAGAUGCAGGAGCAGCACGAGCUGGAGAUUAAGAAACUGAAGGAACUGAUGAGCGCCAGCGAGAAAAUCAGGCGGGAGAAGUGGAUGGAUGAGAAGACCAAAAAGAUCAAGGAGGUCACAGUGAAAGGGCUGGAACCAGAGAUCCAGAAGCUGCUUGCCAAGCACAGGCAGGACAUCAGGAAGCUGAAGAUGCUGCACGAGGCCGAGCUGCUGCAGUCGGACGAGCGGGCUGCCCAGCGCUACGGCCGGCAGGCCGAGGAGCUGCGGGAGCUGCUGGAGAGGGAGAAGGAGGAGCAGAGCCAGAGGGAGAGGGAGAGAGCCCGCCAGCG